AUGUUGUUUCUUAUCCCAGGCUGGCAGGCAAGCAUUAGAGCUUGUAGAGUUAAUGUCUGGAACGAAGUCCGAGACGAAACUGGGUUGAGUGGAGGGGGCACGUACAUGCUGGGAGGCAGCAGUGACGGGCCUUGGGAAUCCGUGCUGUGUCACAAGGAUGUGGGCGGGCAUUGCUUCGCACUCGAGCUUGCCGUUCUUUGUAUCAAUUCCUUCACCAGAGCUCUUCAUGUGAUUGGGCUCGUGAGCCCUUUGCAGAUGCAGCAAGAAAGUUUCCACGUGCUGAUGGUGACACCUCGAGGCUUGGAGCGUGUGUCUGCUGUCGAGCGUGCGGAUUGUUACGUGCCAUCAGGAGUGUUUGUGAACUGCUCGGUGGGAGGAACUCCUGUUGGCUCUCACUGUAGCUCUCAUUAUUAG